UGUCUGGAUUUGCUGUACUUCAUGUUAUUCUUUCUACUGCCCCCAAACCUGUAGGCUUUUCUCGAUUGUAAGGUCCCUAUCAGCCCAAUUACGACAAUUCAAAUCAUCCCAUCCCAAAAAGAUAGGCUGUGUGGCGUCAUGUGAGGAGUGGCACAAAGGCCCAUGCUGAGGCGCGUCUUUGUGCCACUCAACGCGAACCGUGUUUCUCUUUCAUCAUCACCACAACGAUUGCAUCUACCACCUUCCCCCUAACUCUAUCUAUCUCCUUUAGCCAUUAUGGCUCUACUUAGCAAUCGUCCUGGGUACAUCGUAAAUCGGGUUGGAAGAGAGAAAUUGGAGAAACUUCCUACAUCCCACUUAAGGAAAUAUGCUGAAAAACAACAUAUUCCUACUGACACUGAUAAGACGACCAUGAUUGAGGCGCUCCUCUCUGCUCAGAAGGCCGAGAAUUCAGGAAGUGGCCACAGGGCGGAUGUCGCCUCCAACGAUGGUCAUCCAAUCCUUGAUCAACGUCCACAGGGCCCUGUUCGCCAAAGUACACAGCUCCCCCCUACGAGACCACUGAAUCCAAUCGCUGAGCAAUUGUCUUCGCCUCCCUGGUUUGGCCAGCCCGAUCCCUCGUUACUUCCACCACCCCAAACUCAAGCUCAACAAAUGCCUACUACCCAACCACCUACUGCCCAAGGUGGCCCUUCUGAAGUUCGGCCCCCUAGUCCGAAACGCGGAGUUCCUUUGCGGCGCGACUUCGUAGGCGGCAUCGCACCUCCUGAGGCCAGGAGACAUGCACCACGCGUGAAGAGACCCAGGAAACGUUAUGGGAUGGAAGCCGUCUACGCUGAUUUGGCUCAUGCCAAAUCGCUCUUGGAUGAGCCUGUCCACGGAACAACCGCUGACGGGGAUGAAUCAUAUAUUAUCAGCAAAUACCCGUAUCCUCCAGCAAAUCCUGAAGAUCCUCUGUGGGUGAAGAAUUCAUUGCAAGAGCUCGAGGACGAACGCCUAGAUCUUUCCAGGAGGUACAAGGGACUGUAUAUGUCAGUUGCACAGACCCUUGCUACUGCGGACUUGGCAGAACAUCGACUGAAGAUGGAGAUGUGGAGCCUUCAAGAGCUUCUGGAGGCCAUUAAGAUGAGGUCCGAUCCUGAGUUCAUUGAUUCCCUGGUUAAGAUCAUCAGGAGCAUCAUUCCUCGGGGAGACCUUGAAAUAUCGGGUGUCCACGAUAUUUUGCUGCAGCUUGUACGGGCUCGCGAAUCAAGUCAACCUCGACCUGCCAAAAGAAAGUCGCCGGAAGCAUUUGACGAAGAUCAGCAGGAUCAGCAGGAACAAGAGGAACAAGAGGAACAUCACGAACAGCCUCAACCUCAGGCUCAGCCCGUCGUCAAUACGCAGCUCCCCCGGAAUACCGGUCGUAUACCAGCACUUCAAGCAUUUAAUCUAUCGCCUGCAAGCUCUAGGGGCGACGCCGUCGACGACCUUUAUCAAAGUCUUCAGGAACUACAAGAGGCGGGAACUGUAGCAAAUACCGAUGCCGACAGUUCAGGAAGCACAGUUCGUCCUCAAACACCUCAAAACCACGGUGGAUCUCGCAGGGGAAGCAAAAGGGUUUCAUUUAAUGCUCCUCCUAGCCCUUCCGACGUCGUCGCCCCUCUUCUGAGCGCGAGGGGGAAGCAUGGUCAGGCUUCAGGUCCUUUCCCUAACCCGCCUCGCACACCUGUUGGACGCCGGCGUUCCAGUUAUCGCAAGUCCCCAGGUCCUAAGCGUUGGAACGAGUCGUCAAGUGAAUCUGAAGGUUCACCUCCGCCACCGCCGCCUCCGCCGCCGUCUCAGCAGCCUCGUAAAGUCCCUCCCAUUACGCCUCGCCACCAAACCUUCGAGGUCAGCUACAGCGACCCGAUCACUAUACCACGUACACGACCUGAUAUUCUCCCUUCAACUCCCCUGGACCGGACGCUUGAGGUUAGCUAUAGUGAGCCAGUUGGUUACGGACGACAUUCUUCUCCGGCAGACACUCAGCUGGAUGGGCAGUUGCCUUGCACACCGGUCGAUCAAAUCUUCCAUGGCCGCGAUCCCUCCCCCUACGACGACCCUCACACUUCCCCCGUAGUGGAGCCAAAGAAGAAGAAAUCUUUACCGUUUACCCCAGUACGACGGAGGAGUGUUCGGGGAGAUCUAUCCUUAACCGGACAUAACGGUCCAUCGCCUACACCAGGCCGAGCAUCGGCUGGGGAGAACGAAGGCGAAGGCUCUAUUCCCGCAAUAGAUGACGAUGACGAUCCGUUCGCAAUCUCUGAAGAGCUUAUGGACGAACUGAUAGAUGAAGAAGAAGAUUUGGCGAUGCCUGACCACGAUGAUAUAACCCAAUACAGCGCAGCGAUCUACGGGGAAGACUAUGACUCCGCAGAGGAUGUAGCCGAGGAGGAACAAGAUCUUCCCGAAGUAAGGGUUAGGCAUAUUCGACGACUUCCAGCGCAUCCUUUCGACUUCACGAAUGAAUACUCUCCGAAUCCAAAUGCUGCUCCUCUUCCCGAUUAUCCUCCACCGCAUUCGUACGGUAUUCGAAUGAGUCAAUGGGGCAGGAAUGUUCCAACGAGUUCCCCUCGCUUCCGCCCUUCGCACCCAUGGGUAUGGAAUAAUUUAGAGGAUAUUUCCGUGGAAUCUUCAGCCAGCGGUGCUCUUCCCCACGCGCGCAUGGGCCGGGCUCGGAGCGUUGACAGCCCUGCGUAUGAAUCCGACGUGUUCUAUGAAGAUGGACGUCAUGCCAGUGGUUCAGUGAGGGAAACCCAUGGUUACCCUGAUUCUACAUUUGUUUCUCUCUUUUAGUAUCUCGACUUUGUCUACUUUUGCUGCAAUUGUGUCUUUGGUGUUAUUUUGGUUUUUGCAAGUGUCUUUUUUUUUUUAACUCUCUCGACAACUAGAUUUAUCUUUACCUGCUUCAUCUUCUAACUGUAUAUAGCCUCAAAUGGGAACCUUGAUAUGUUCGCGGCCUGUAUAUCAACGAGACCUCGCGCGCGGUGCUACGGCAUACGAUGGGCCAAGGUAAAUUCUACAGCACUGUAAGAUAUUGCGAUCUCA